AUGAAUUAUUACUUUUUCUCCAUCACUAGAUAUGUCACAUGGAGAGAGGAGAAAGAGGAAACUGACGUAUACCUCAUGGAGACAGGAGAAAGGGAAAAUCAAACGUCUAUCACAGAAUUCAUCCUGCUGGGAUUCACGAACCUCCCUGAACUGCGCAUUCUUUUCUUCCUGCUGUUUCUAGUGAUCUACAUAGUCACCAUGACUGCGAACAUCUUCAUUGUGGUGCUAGUUGUGGCUGAUCAUCACCUUCACACCCCCAUGUACUUCUUCCUGGGGAAUUUGUCCUGCUUGGAGACCAGCUACACCUCUACCAUCCUGCCCAGAGUGCUACCCAGUCUCCUGACAGGAGUCAAUACCAUUUCUGUCAGCCAAUGCAUCACACAGUUUUACUGCUUUGCUCUGCUACUGACCACUGAGUGUUAUCUCCUAGCUGUGAUGUCUUUUGAUCGCUACUUAGCAAUAUGUAAACCGCUGCACUAUGUCACCCAUAUGAAUGGCAGGUUCUGUAUGCAGCUAGCAGCCGGAUCUUGGAUAAGUUCAUUCAUACUUAUUACUAUAGUAAUAUCUUUGGUGUCGCAAUUAGAAUUCUGUGGCCCUAAUGAAAUUGAUCAUUUUUUUUGUGAUCUCACCCCAAUUAUUAAACUCUCCUGCAGCAACACCAGUCUUGUUACCCUGGUGACCCUUAUAUUCUCCUCCAUAGACACUGUCCCUCCAUUUCUUUUGACCCUGACAUCUUAUGUUUAUAUCAUUUCCACCAUCCUAAGAAUCCCUUCUACCACUGGGAGGCAAAAGGCUUUUUCCACCUGCUCCUCCCACCUUAUUGUGGUUACAAUCUUCUAUGGGACCUUAAUGAUUGUCUACAUGUUACCCAACACUGGUGCACUCAGAGCUCCCAACAAAGUGUUUUCUGUCCUUUACACUGUCUUGACACCCCUGAUCAAUCCCCUCAUCUACAGCCUGAGAAACAAGGAGAUCAAGGAGGCCCUGAGGAGAGCUCUCCAGAAAUGUAGGCUUUAG